AUGCUUAAACACACUUUUUUACAGAUUGAUGGAAACGAUAAGCCUACUUUUGGCUUGUUCACUAUUGAGGCUCUGGCCGCCGGCUGCAGCUAAAAGUUCUCGAUUUACCGUGGGCACCGUGGGCAUCAAGGCUAUGUAAACGUGGGCACCAAAGCUAUGUAAACCUGGUGCCCAAUCUUUGCGCAGUGGCGAUACAGUAACCAAUGAGGUUUAUCCGAGGUGCUGUUAUUGCUAGUUGAAAAAAAAACGGUGGGCACCAAGUCCACCAAGUUAUGUGGACAAAUGCGAGGGCAUGCGAAGGAUGAGUGAAUUAGGCUAUUAAUAGGUGAGCGGCGCGCGCGCAGCACGAUGGCGGAUCAGUUGGCGCCGCUGGUGGCUCGUCUCGAGGCGGUGACGUCACGGCUGGAGGGCGUCGCGCCCGGCGGCGGCGGCGCCCGCACCCCCGCUGAGGAGCUGGUGCCGUUCGUGGUCGCCUACGAUGAGUUCCUGGCCGGACCGCUGGCCGAAUAUGUGGCCGAGGCCAAGAAGCUGGGAGGUGACGCCGCCACCCACGCCGACCUGGUCAAGAAGGCAUUCAGUGCCCAGCGCGACUUUGUGCUGCUGGCCUCCAAAUGCAAGAAGCCGGACGACAUGGGCGUGGCCAAGCUGCUGAAACCGCAGGCGGACGUCAUCACGCAGAUCACGCAGUUCCGCGAGUCCAACCGCCGCUCGCCGCAGUACAACCACCUGUCCACCAUCUCUGAGUCGAUCGCAGCACUCUCCUGGGUCGUCACGGCGCCAGCGCCAGCCCCAUUCAUCAAGGAAAUGAACGACGCCGGCCUGUUCUGGGGCAACCGUGUCAUCAAGGAGAACAAGGCGCACCAGGCGUUCACGCGCGCCUGGUCCGAGGCGCUGAAGGCGCUGCAGGCUUACGUGAAGCAGCACCACACCACCGGACUCAGCUGGAACAUGCGCGGGGCAGACGCCGCCUCCGUGGCCGGCGGAGACGCCGCCACCAAAGGGCCGGGAGGACCCGCGCCGCCCCCGCCGCCACCGCCUCCUAAGCCCGCUCCGGUGUCUGCUGGUCCGGACCCCACGGAGCAGCAGCGAGCGGCGCUCUUCAACGACAUCAAUCGCGGCUCGGCCAUCACACAGGGCCUGCGGCACGUCACUAAGGACAUGCAGACGCACAAGAACACCGGACUGCGCGCCUCCAGUACCGUGCCCGGCAGCAAGCCAGCCAUCGGACCCAAGCCGGGCGCCGGCCGGCCGGCGGCGCCCGUCAAGCGCGCGCCCGUCUGCGAGCUGCAGGGCAAGAAGUGGGUGAUCGAACACCAGGACAACAACCUGGAGCUGCAGCUGAACGAGACGCAGAUGAACCAGACGGUGUACGCCUUCAACUGCGUCGACAGUGUCAUCACGGUCAAGGGAAAGGUGAACUCCAUCAUCUUCGACUCGUGUAAGAAGUCGGCCAUCAUUUUCGACUCGGUGGUGGCCUCGGUGGAGUUUGUCAACUGCAUCUCCUGCCAGGUGCAGGUGAAUGAGAAGGUGCCGACGAUCUCGAUCGACAAGACGGACGGCCUGCAGAUGUACCUGUCCAAGGAAUCGCUGGAUGUGGUGCUGGUCACCUCAAAGUCCUCCGAGAUGAACGUGCUUGUCCCCAAGGGAGACGGAGACUACACGGAGCUGCCAGUGGCGGAGCAGUUCAAGACCACCCUGCAGGGCAACAAGCUGGUCACCGUCGUCAACGAGUCCACCUAGGCGGGCGGCACCGUCAGGUCCGCCGCUCGGGACCGGCCGAUACCCCUGCCGACAGUCACGGCGGAGACGGGGAACUUUUAUAAACCAUUGGUGGCGCACAGCGUGAGCGGACAGACGGACGGUUGUGCCCGUCUGGUGUGAGGGACAAAGAACGGAUUUGGGCGGACGAGACGCCGAUGUCGGAACUUUCAACGACGAGAGCUGCAAGUCCAACUCGCCGGUUGGCGGGAUGGCUGGGCGGUGGUUUUAUACCGCGCGGUGAGUGGACGGAGCGUUCUGGAGAUGUUCAUUUGAACACGCGGCUCGUGGUGCGUGAGCGUCAUCCAGGAGAAAUGCAUUCGCAUGACGGGCUCUGCCCUGGGUGCCAACCGAACUAGGGGAGGACUAUCGAAUCGUUUAAUUACCACGAUUUUGGCGAAUCAUCCGACGCAUAGACCGGAGGCUCAAUGGUGCGCGGGUCCGUAUCAUCGGGCCGCGAGUAUUCAGCACUAGCUUUUUAUUAUGUUAUUAUUGAAUUGCUCUAUUAGACCGCGGCGCUUACUAGCGGCAGACUGACCGACUGAUUAUGGUUUGUCGCGCUCUCCCCUUCUGCCGGCCCAGCCGGCAACCGGCGCUGUCACUGUAGAGGCAAUUAAUUGUCUGCAUGUUUUCAUGUACGAAAAUACAGGAAAUCGAUCA